AUGACAGCACGUGCAAUUUUACAAGGUACAAUGUUUAAAAUACUUUAAAUAUUUUUAAUAAAAAUUUCGCGGUCUUUUAUAAUAUGAUUCAUAUAUAUAUAAUAUGUAUAUAAAAUUCUUCAUUUUUGUAAAUGGAUAAUUUUUUAUGAUAAUUAAUAUCUCAAGCAAUGUUAAUAUUAUUAAUUAUGUUUUUAUAGUCUUUGAUCAGUACCAAAAGGCUCGUCUAUUUUUUGUUCAAUCCAUUGCUGAUUUUUCUUCAAAAACAAAUACUAUAGAAUGUUUAGAAGCUGCUGGAGUUUUGGAUCUCAUAAACCCUUUACUAACAGAUCCAAUACCAUCUAUUCAACAUACUGCUGCAAUUGCAUUAGGAAAAAUUACAAAUAAUAGUCAUAGAUUGGCACAAGCUGUUAUAAGAAUGGAUAUUUUACCUCAAUUAUUGAAGAAUAUUACUAAACAAAAUAAAUUUUAUAAAAAAGCAGCCCUAUUUGUUUUACGAGCAAUUGCUAGACAUUCCCCAGAAUUAGCAUCUAUGGUGAUUCAAAGCAAUGGAUUGGAUACUAUAAUAAUCUGUUUAGAAGAUUUUGAUUCUGGUGUUAAAGAAGCUGCUGCUUGGGCAUUGGGAUAUAUUGCUAGGCAUAACAAGAGUUUAGCUCAAAUCAUAGUUGAUGCAGGAGCUGUUCCACUUUUGGUUUUGGCCUUGCAAGAACCUGAAUUAUGUCUAAAACAAAUUAGUGCAUCUGCUUUAUUUGAUAUAAGCAAACAUAAUACUGAACUUGCAGAAAUUGUUGUUGAUGCAGGAGUCAUUCCUUUUCUUGCAAAGGCAUUAUCUAAUCCUGAUACUAAAUUAAAGCGUCAAGUUCUUUUGGUACUAAGCAGUAUAGCAAAACACUCUGUACACUUAGCAGAAUCUAUCAUUGAAGCUGAUAUUUUUCCUGAUAUUCUUGUACACAUGGCACAUCCUGAUGAAUGUAUUGUUAAAGCUGCUGCAAUGUUAACCAGAGAAAUUUGUAAACAUACAUUAGAGAUGGCCCAACUUAUUGUGAAUAUUGGUGGUAUUGGUGCACUUGUUGAAUUAAUUAGUACCUCAAAGUUAACAGUCAAAUUACCAGCAAUAAUGGCAAUUGGAUAUAUUGCCGGACAUUUAGAUCAGUUAGCUAUUGCAGUUAUAGGAUCUAAAGGAGUUGUGCACUUAUCUGCUAUAUUACUUGAAGAAACUGAUGAUCAUAUACUUGCUGUUACUGUAUGGGCAAUUGGACAAAUUGGAAAACAUACAUCAGAACAUGCAAAAGCAGUUGCAGUUGCAAACAUUCUACCAAAAUUAUUACAACUUUACAAUAAUCCAAAUAGUUCAGAAGAUCUUAAAGCAAAAUGUAAUACAGCACUGAAACAGAUAUUACAAAAAUGCAUGUAUAUUGAAGCUUUAGAACCUUUAUUGCAUGAGUCACCACCUAAUAUUCUAAAAUAUGUACUUGGACAAUUCAGUAAGAUUUUGCCUCACGAUGCUAGGGCAAGAAGACUAUUUGUAACAUCUGGUGGUUUGAAGAAAGUCCAAGAAAUUCAGACUGAGCAUGGUUCAACACUUUCUGAAUAUAUACAAAUUAUAAAUUGCUGUUUUCCAGAAGAAAUUGUCAGAUAUUAUUCUCCUGGAUAUCCAAGCAGUCUUUUGGAAGCUGUGGAGCAGUAUCAACCGAAAUGCCCUUCCUUAUUUGCAAUGGAAGAACAUUUAUCUUCUGACAUUGAUUCUAAAUCUUCGCUAUCAUCCUUUAACGAAGAAGGUUAA